AAUACUUGUGCUGACUGGAAUUUCUGUCAGUUUUCGUGUCAACAAUAAUAGUUGUUGUCUGUGUUCCUUGUACUUGAAUAAAACACAAUAAAAUUAUAUAAUAAAACAAUAACACACAAAAUUGGAUAAAUAAAAUACACCUUGAAUUAUCACACAAAACGAACGACCGAAUAAACAGAAACCUGGUUGAAUAAUAAAAAUAUUUAUAAAUAAAAGGAACAACACAAUAAUUGGACAGGACACUUGAAAAAUAUGAUAAACGACCGGCAUAACUCAGAUGAAUGAUACACUACAAUGGUCUUAUUAGUAGAUGGAGCCUCAGGUGAAUUUUAUUUAUAAAAGCAAAUUAAAAUGUUGUUUGAACUACAAAGGACGUCUCUCGUUCUCUUCAUUUCUCGACGUGAAUAAAAGCUCCAAUAACAACUAAAGUCCACAGAAUCGAACGAAAAAGUUUCCAUUUUGCAAAAGCUUCCAGCUAGUUGCGGCGCAGAAAUGUACUUCCAACGAAGGAAAAUGGGUUUCGUAAACAACGAGAAAAGAUAAUUUUUCUCUGUGAGAGUAAACUUUCUCCAAACUAGAACACAAAGUGAACAAUUUAUGUGCCGACUAAAGUGUAAUAGUAAGUAAAAUUAUUAUCAUUAAAUACGAAAAGAAAAAAAACGGAGCAAAGAGAAAAAAAACUUUGGGAAAGAAAAGCAAACGAACCAAAAUGUCACCGAUGUCGUUCUCCGAAAACAUUCAACAUUAUUAUCGUCAACUGCAGUUUAUAAGUGAUAUGAACUAUUUGUUGAAAAAUAUCAUAAAGUUUAGUUUAGGCUAAAAGCAGAGAAAAAACUCGAGUCAUCAUCAUCAUUUUUUUCUGUGUGUGAUAUUUUCUCGAGACACACGAGUGAAGUGAAAAAAAAAAUAGUGAGAUAAAAGAAAGAAAGAAGAAUUGAGUGAGCCAAAACGAAAGACGGAAAGAUUAAAAAAAUUGUCUCUUUUCAGCCUCGUCUUAAAAAUAAAACCAAAGAAAAAAAAUAAUAAAAAUAAAGAGCAGAAAAUAAAUAUUACAAGAUAAGAAUAAAGUGUCUUUUCACGGCUCUGUCAAAGUGAGUUCUGUUGAAAAAAAAAUGUAAAGAAAAAAUAUUUAUUUAUUUACUAAAAAAAAUAGAAGCGAAAAAAAAUAAUAAAGAUAGAAAGAAGGAUUAUCGCAUAUAGAAAAUCUCUCGGUUGUGCAGUAAUUUAUUUAAUGAAAUAAAGAAAAAAAAGAGAGUAACUAGAACAAAGACGCAUCAUCAUCAUUAUUUUGCUCCUCUUCACACGAGCAAACACACUCACAUAGUAUUCAUCAUCAUCAUCAUCGUCAUCGUGUCGGUGUCAGUGUUGACAUCGUCAAAAAAUAUAAUAGAAAAUGGCACAACUGAAGCAAAACAUUUUUUAUAUCCUUUGGGUGAUUGUCUUCUUUUUCACCGUAUGGCAUUCAGUUGUCGAUGGAGCACAACGCGAUGCCACGAAACAGUCGUCGUCGUCGAGCGAUAUCAACAAAUUAGGCACAGAUGUGAGCAAAGGACAGAUAGAUCUCGAGUCCAUUAACAAAAAUGGACCGUAUUUCGACAAAGCUGCUUCCAAAAAUGUCACAGCCCUUCUGGGGAAAACCGUGUAUUUAACAUGUAGAGUUAAGAAUUUAGGGAAUAAAACUAUGCUUAUCCAAGUAUCAUGGUUGCGACAUCGUGAUACCCAUUUACUCACCGUUGGCCGAUACACAUACACAUCGGAUCAGCGUUUCCGUGCAAUACAUCAUCCCCACUCAGAAGACUGGAUACUACAGAUAAAAUAUCCCCAGCAUCGGGAUUCGGGCAUCUACGAGUGCCAGAUAUCGACAACGCCACACAUGAGUCACUUUAUCCAUCUAAAUGUUAUUGAACCAUCAACAGAAAUAAUUGGUGCACCAGAUUUAUAUAUUGAAAGUGGCUCAACAAUAAAUUUAACAUGUGUAGUUAAUAAUUCACCUGAACCUCCGGCCUUCAUUUUUUGGAAUCAUAAUAAUGCGAUAAUAAGUUAUGACUCACCCCGCGGCGGAGUAUCUGUCAUCACGGAGAAAGGUGAGACAACGACGUCAUUUCUGCUGAUACAAAGUGCGCGCCCACAGGAUUCCGGGCAGUAUCAGUGCAAUCCGAGCAACGCAAAGAGCAAAAGUGUCACCGUUCACGUACUUAAUGGGGAGUUCCCAGCGCCAAUGCAGCGCGCGGGCACAGCUCAUCAUCAACGCAUGUCUCAAAAUCGCAUCCUGCUCUUGUCUAUCUCAUCAUUUGUGUCAACUACCUUGUUCUACAGCAUUAUCAGGCCACCGUUGCGGCAUCGACGUGGCUUUUUGCGCAACUUGACGUAAUUGCCACUUCCGCCAUUCUCGCAACAACUGCCGCCGUCGCAGUGACAACAAAAACAGUAUUACUCGACAUCAUUUGCAUGCCAUUGUUUUCCGCCGUUACAAUUGUCAUCGUUGUCGUUCUGUACAAAUUCG